UCUCUCACAAACAUUUCAUGUUUUCUCACCAACAGACUCUUGCAGACUUAUGGGCACAUGCAUACACCUUUGAACAAACUGACUGGUGGUGCUGUAGCUGGCAUCCUGCAUGCCAAUGCCUUGAUGUCACUCCUGAAUGUGGGAAGUCUGCUGGAGCUGCUGAAGGGACACAACUGCUGGAUGAGGGGCAGCUUCUAUUAGAAGAGGACUAACAUUCCUGUUUCUCUCUCCCCACCCUUCACUUCUUCCUCUCCCCAGCUGGUCGUGCACCAGAUGCUGUUGCUACUGCUGCUGCCCAUGGUUUGGGCAGCUCCACCAACAAAUCCUCAGACUCUAGUUAAGGAUGACAGAUGCAAUCAAACAGACUGGCCAAGGAAUUCAGGAGUAGAAGGUGUGUCUGACGAGAAAGGCCACCUCCUGAAUGUGAGUGUCAGCAACCAGGGGCGCUCUAAUUCCCUUUUCCUGACUUGGGAAAAACUCUCAGGAGAGGUCCAGAGCUUCUCGCUUGCUCUAUACAACUUUGAAACAAACAUUCUGCUGCAAAAUGGAUCAGCUGGGCUCAAUGCCACUAGUUUCAUCUUCCAGGGUUUGCUUCCUGGGACACAGUACAGCAUUGAAGUCACUGCGUUGAUUAUUUGUUCACAGAAUUCCAGUAGUAGAGUCAUUGGGCACACAGUUCCUUCACCUGUGCGGAAUGUGGUCUUGAGCCAUGACAGCCCCUCAGUGUUACUGGCAUCCUGGAGUGAAGCCCCUGGUGGGAAGGAUGGUUAUCAAUUAGUUCUCUACCAUAUAAAAUCCCACACACCUGUCAAGAAUGUGACCAUCCCCAAAAGUGCCACCACUUACCGCUUUGAGAAGCUUCUAGCUGGCAGUGAAUAUGCCCUACAAAUCACCACACUUGCUGGAUAUUACAAAGCAAGCACCAUUGCUCGCCAUUGGACAGCUCCUGUUGUGCCCAAAGCACUGGCAUUCCAGAACAAUGGCUCUAGCUCCAAUUUGACUGCCUCAUGGGCCAAUGCAGAGGGAGCAGAAUGGCUUCAUUUCACUCUCCAGAACCUUCACACCACAACUGAGACUACCACAGUUGCACUCAAGAGGGGCCUGUCAAACUAUACUUUUCAACACCUGAAGCCAGGUACUCCCUAUCGAUUGGAGGUCAGUGCCACAGCUGGACCUUACCGGAUUGAGGGGCCCAAGGUUACUGCUUAUACAUACCCUCUCAAGCCAGCCAAUCUAAGUCUGAACAGCUAUGGCAAAAGUAACACUUUAAAAGCAGCAUGGAAUUCACCAGCUGGAGAUAGAGAAUUCUAUCUGGUGAUAUUGCAAGAAGAAAAAAGCAACACACCCAUCAGAAACAUGUCAAUAGGAGGGAACACCACACAAAUUACCUUUCAUGGCUUGAUUCCUGGGAGCCAGUACAAUCUUUGGGUGAUAGCUGUUGCUGGACCCUAUAAAGCAUCUGCAAAGAGCAUCUCUGCCUGGACAUAUCCUUUGCCUCUGAAGCACUUGAGCCUCAGCAACAAAAGUAACAGCACAAGAUCACUGCAGGCUUCUUGGCAAAGCCCCUCAGGAGGAAAAGGUCACUUUAUAGGAACUUUCAUGGAGACCAAAUCUCAUUUGGGAGUCAAAAAUGUCACAGUGGAAGUAGAUAAACAGAGAACAAACAUCACCUUUGAAGGGUUGAUCCCUGGACGUCAGUACACUCUGAAGAUGGUGGGAGUGGCAGGACCCUAUCAAUCCCCUGUUCAAACAGUUAGUGACUGGACAUACCCAUUGGUUCCUUCAAGUGUGACACUGGUCAGCAGCAGAUGGUCCUCCAGUCUUGUUGCCUCUUGGGAAAUACCUCCAGGUGACAGGGACCAGUUCUUCCUGCGUUUCUACAGCCAGGAAGGUCCACCGCUGCAAAGGAAUGUUACCAUAGGGCCAGGCAAGCAGAACUUCACAUUUGAGGGCCUUCUUCCUGGCACCCAAUACUUUCUGGAGGUUUCAGCAUUGGCGGGACCAUACCGAUCGUCUUCCCAGGUGGUCUCUGCAUGGACAUAUCCUCUGUCUCUGUCUAAUGUCAGUGUGAAAUGUGGUCAGAGUCCCCAACAUCUGACUGUGAGCUGGACAGAAUCAGGGAGAGGACGAGAGUACUGGGUACAGCUUUACUCAGAUGAAUCCCUGUCUAUUAUUCGAAAUGUAUCAGUGCCACAUGGGACUACACAGAUGACCUUGGAUAACCUUGUGCCAGGAACUCGAUAUCGUGUUGAGAUUGUCUCCAGAGCUGGACCUCAUUACAUAUCCUCCCAAACAGCCAUUGGCUACACAGUGCCUUUGGUGCCAUCUUCCUUGAUGGUGAUGAAUCAAGGCUCUUCCUUGUUGAAUGUGCAGUGGAAGGCUCCAGCUGGUCAGAGAGAUAGCUACAUGGUCUCUGUGUCUGAAGAAGGAGCCACAGAUACCAAAAGGCACAUGGCAGUGGAGAAAGCCAGCACCAACAUCACUAUAACAGGGCUAACCCCUGGUACAUGCUACCUCAUUGCAGUGUGGUCACUAGCUGGACCCUACAGCUCUGCUUCCCGGAAUGAUUCAGCUUGCAUGGCCCCUGCUGCUCCUGUGAACCUGACCCUGAAAAACAUAGCCAACUCUUCUGUGCUCUACACAGAUUGGGCAAAGCCCCCAGGAGGCAGGGACCACUAUCGAAUGAUCCUGUACAGUCUGGUGCCACCAGGGAUGGAGAGAAUUCAUGUUGUGGGACCUGACACUCAGGAUUUCCUCUGGACAGGUUUGCCAGCAGGAAGCCAGUUUGCUGUUCAGGUUACUGCAGUGAAAGGCCAAGCUGAGGCUUCUUCUACCAUUGCUGUUGAAUGGACGUCUCCUCUGCCUGUUACCUCUGUGAAAACGUGGAAUGAAAAGCGCUCAUUCAGACUGAAUGUGUCUUGGACACCAACCUCUGGGAGAUUGGAUGGCUAUGAGUUGAAUUUGUACCACUCAGGAACCAGUGCUACAGCUGGGCACACAUCUCUGGGGAGAGAUGCCACCAAUUUCACCUUCUCAGGUCUCAUACCAGGAACCAAGUACUUCUAUGAGAUCAUCUCAAGGGCUGGGCCCUAUAGGUCUUCAUCAGGAAACUUCAGUGCUUGGACAAGUCCUCUGCCUCCUCGUGUGGUACAUCUUUCAAACAAAGGAUACACAGACAGACUGAGUGCUUUCUGGGAACCCACUGCAGGAGGACAUGAUGGCUAUGUACUAACGUUAUAUUAUGCUGGGUCUGGCUUUGUGGCAGCCAAAACGUUGGUGGAGAAGGCUGUCACUAAUUUCACUUUCACAAGCCUCAUCCCAGGAACUGAAUACUUACUCGAAGUUGCUUCCAUGGCAGGGCCCCAUCGGAUCUCAGCCAGGAAUGUCAGUGACUGGACAUAUCCUUUGGUUCCCAGGAAACUUUCCAUGAAGUCUGACAAGAGAGACCCUGCACUAUCUGUGACCUGGGCCAAACCCCUCAGCAAGCCAGAGCAUUGUCAGCUGCAGCUGUGGUAUUCUGGCAACAACACUGUUCUGCAGCGUCACACUUUGACCCAGUGGCAGAUCCAACAGGUUUUCCAGGGACUGGUCCCAGGGAGAAAUUAUUCUGUAUCUCUCAGUUGCACUGCUGGACCAUAUGUGAGCAGCUCUGAGAUGCUGGCAAUGCCUGUUGAGGCCGCUGAGGUGAAGGACUUGCAGUGUGUACCUGAUUCCACCAGUGUGUUUCUAAACUGGACCAUCCCUGAAGGUGACAUUGGGGCCUAUGAACUUACAGUGAGGAAGCUUCCCAGAGGAGGCCUCCAACAAUCUGUACGUCUUCUGGCUGUUUCCAAGGCUGAUACCACUCUGACCGAGCUCACCUCAAACACCUCCUAUCAAAUCAGUGUCAGCACUAUUGGCAAGAAUGGAAUGAGAGGCCCAGUGGUGGCAGUGGGUUGUAAUACGUCUGUGGAAGUUCUUCCACCUCCUGUGCGAAUGGACAUCCCUCAAUUUGAUGCCAGCUCCAGAGUCAUCAUCUCCCCUGAUAUGUUCAGUGAGGAGAAUGGUCUCAUUGAGUACUAUGGGGUUGUUGUCACAACCAAUGAGUCUUUACUGAGGCCUACCCAAGACAUCAUCUCUCGCACAUGGUAUGACCACUAUUAUGGACAAGAAGACUCAUACUUAGCACUAUUGCUGCCAAACCCAUUUCAUCUCAAUGAAACCACUAGCCCCAAGACCUGGACAGUGACCAUAGGUGCAGAGGAAUGCAGUCAUUCUCGGGAAACCUGCAAUGGAAAGCUGAAAACAAAUGCACAGUACAGGUUCAGCAUUGCUGCAUUCACCAGAUACAGCCAACGGGCUCCUAGAGUAUCAUUCACAUCAUUUUCAGCAGCAGAUGCCUCACCGGCCUCAGCUAGUAUAUCUGCCCCAGUUGUGGCUGGGAUCAUUGUUGGAUUCCUUGUGACUCUCACAGCCAUUGCUGGAUGGAUCUUCGGGAAACACCUGAGAACAAGGAGAUUGGAAAAGGGUAACAUACCCCAAGAAAUGAUCACUUACAGUCUGAGAAACACACAUCGUCCAAUCCCCCUUCUAAGUUUCAGACAGUAUUAUGAGGCAAGGGCAGCAAACUCCAAUCAUGGGUUCUUUCAGGACUUUGAGGAGUUGAAAGAAGUGGGUAAAGAGCAGCCCAAAACAGAAGCUGAACUUCCUGCCAAUACCUCCAAGAAUCGAUAUCCCCAUGUUCUGCCAUAUGAUUACUCCCGAGUGAAACUGAGCUUGCUGGAUGGGGAGCCCCAUUCUGACUACAUCAAUGCCAACUUUGUACAAGGUUACAACUUGCCUCAAGAAUUCAUUGCAACACAGGGGCCAUUGAAGAAAACCCUAGAUGAUUUCUGGAGGUUGGUCUGGGAGCAGCACAUCUGCACCAUUGUGAUGCUUACUGUAGGCAUGGAGAAUGGACGGGUACUGUGUGAACACUACUGGCCCUCAGAUAGCUCUCCUAUAUGUUUUGGGCAAAUUAGAAUAUACCUACUUGCUCAAAAUUUUUCAGAUGAGUGGACUACAAGGGAAUUCAAGCUGCAGCAUGAAGGGCUAAAUAUGGAACGGAGAGUGAUUCAUUUGCACUACACAGCUUGGUCUAAUCAUGGUGUUCCUGAAUCCACUGCGUCUCUCACUGCCUUCAUAGAGUUAGUGCGAGCACAUAUGCAAAGCACAAAUGAGUCUGGACCUACACUGAUACAUGGCAGUGCAGGUGUAGGUCGCACAGGAACUUUCAUUGCCCUCGAUCGUCUCCUGCAACAGCUAAAGCAUGAGAAGGUAGUGGAUGUGUUCAAUACCAUUUACAGUCUGCGGAUGAACCGCCAUCGGAUGAUUGAGACUCUGGGGCAGUACAUAUUCCUCCAUAACUGCAUUCUGGAGAAGAUUUCUGAAGAACCAUUCCUUGAUCCAUCUGGGCUGGAGCAGUCACACCCAAUACCUCUCAAGAGUUUUGUUGAACAUCAUGCAAAGAAGUGUUCCAACGCCAACGCUGGUUUCCUGAGGGAGUAUGAGCAGAUGCUCUUGGAAGCUGCAAAAGAGAAUUCUGCUGUGUCAUAUUCUGGAAGCCAACAGAUCAGCCUUGAGUCCAGCAAGACAUCUUAUAAUCGUUCUAAAGUGAAGUUCUCACUAUUGGAUCGGGAUCCCUUUUCAGACCUCUCACAUGUCUGGUUCAUCCCUGGGUGCAACUCAGCCAAAGAUUAUAUAGCUAUUGAAGGACCAGACAAACUGGCCCUGGAGGAAUUCUGGGGCCUAAUCUGGGAAUAUGGAGUCCACACCAUCAUCACUCUACUGCCUGAACAGAUGAAUAGCCCAGCACCAGACAAUUCAUGCUGGCCAUCUGAGAGUGAGCCGGUCUGCACAGAGAUGUUGACCAUCCAGCAAGGCACACAAAAAGUAAUUUCAGGAUGGCCAUGCAUUCAGCUCAAACUGAAAUAUGAGAAAAAAGCUAAGGAAAGACUGUUGCAAAGAUUCCAGUUCCCUCUGGUGGAAGGAGAGGAGCUGCCAGACCCUGAGAUCCUGGUAGGCUUUCUCACCAUGGUCAGACAACUAGUGCCAUAUCGGAAGAGAACCAAUCCAUUGGUCCUGCACUGCAGUUUGGGCGGCCUGGGUCAGAUGGGGAUGUUGAUUGCCUUGGAUACCCUGUUGCAACAACUGAAAGAAGAGAAAAGUGUGGAUAUAUAUGGUGUUGUUUUGAGGCUAGUGAGGAGCUGCUGUCUCAUGACUCCAACACUGGAAAGGUACAUUUAUCUGUAUGAAUGCAUUCGUGACAUCAUCACCCAGAAACAAGUUUAAGCCCUGGUCUCCACUUUUUGCUUGAUGAUAGAUGAAAUGCAGAACACAACAGGACUAUGAGCAUAGACUGGAAUGGAUCUAUAUGGGGAUGGAUAACUGCCCCAGAAGUUCUGCUCUCAGUUUGGACAGAAGGUAAAAUACAAAGAAUGAACAGUAGUGAGCUGCCUGUGAUGUUUCUUGCUUCCUGUUCAGAAGGAAUGUACAUUUGCUGAAAGCAAACUCCACUGCUUCAACACAAGUGUUUUCCUGAAAGAACCAUUUAGCCAUAGAUUUAGAUAUCCUGUUAGAAGAAGAAGAAGAAGAAGAACCUGUCCUCAUCUUCCUAGAGUUUGUUCAGCUGUCUUUAAACUUGAGAUCCCAAAGGUUUGCCACAGAUGAACAUAACUGGUGGACAAGUAGGAUCAAGAUGUGCCAUGUUGUUGUGUGCUUUCAAGUCAUUUCCAACUUAUGGCAACUCUAGGGUGAACCUAACAUGAGGGUUUUUUGGCAAGCUUUGUUCAGAAGAGAUUUGCUAUGGCCUUCCUCUGAGGUAAUGUGAUUUGCCCAGAGACAUCCAGUGGGUUUUCCUGGCCAAAUGAAGAUUCAAACCUUGGCCUCCCACAGUCCUAGCCCAAUGCUAAAACAAGUACAGCGUGUUAGCUCUCAAUAUGUGUCAUACCCAUUACAUAAAUCUAUGUUAGAGCUGCGUUUAGGAUAGUUUGCACAGUUCUUGAUGUUUAAAGUGGGAUCAUAGUACAGGUUGAGUCUCCCUUAUCUGGGAUUCCAAAAUCCAAAAUACCCCCCAAAUCAAAACUUUUUUCAAGGGUGUCUGAGAUAGUGGCACCUUUGUUAUCUGAUAGUUCCAUGUAUACAAAUUUUGUUUCAUGCACAAAAUUAUUCAAAAUAUGUUAUAAAAUUACCUUCAGGCUCUGUUUAUAAGGUACAUAUGAAACAUAAAUGAAUUUUGUGUUUAUUCUUGCAUCCCAUCUCCACAAUAGCUUAUUAUGUACAUAUAUGCAAAUACAGGUAUUCCAAAACCCAAAGACAUCCAAAAUCCAAAACACCUCUGGUCCCAAACAUUUUGUAUAAAGGAUACUCAACCUGUAAUGAUGUCUCUGCACUGGCAGAGCAACACAGUUAUAUGUAACCAUAGUGGCACACUGGCAUGGUCCACAAUCCCAGCAUAUUUUUAGAAUCCACUUGCACAAGGAGACUUAGUCUGUAUCCUGUUCUCAUUUAACUGACAUGCUAAAGAUAGGAUGGCACUGAAUAAAUAGAUGCACCUUCUUCCCAAAACCACAGCUAAAAGAAGCAUUGUUAGUUUUGCCAUAUGGGAAGAAAAGUGUAGCCACUUAGUAAGAAACAAAGAAAAAGGUUUCCUUAGGGAAAAAUGCUAAGUUUUAUGCCAUCAUGUGUGACAUGUUGAAAAAGCUAGAAAAAAGAGGGAAAACAUAUUCAACCAGAACAGAGCAACUGGGGCAGGCUAAUGAAAUUAGUCAGGAACUGCACCAACAAGCGACUGAAGUACUGUACAUAAAGUAUGAAAUUCAGUGCCUAGACAAGCUGUUGUGUUGCCUUUUUGCACGAAGCUGUAUUUAAUAGACCAGAUAAAUUAAUAGAAAGUGUGCCUAGAGAAUAUGUCUAGUGUCUAAUGGGCUCAAAAACAGGGGACAAGGAAAGGAUGGAUAUGACCUUUUUUCUGUUCCUAUGGGUUUUUUUCCAGAACAUGUCCAUGGAGUUAAAAAUACUGAGCUAGUUUCAUUCAGAGUGUUUUUAAAACAAUUCAUUUUCCAACAUCCAGCAAGAACUCUCCAUACCCAAGGAAAAUCAAGACUGUCCCAUAACACACUUCUCUUCACUUCCACUCCUUAUCCCAUGGAUUGUGAUACAUACAUAUCUCAGUUAAUGCCUGAACAGACAGGCCAAAUGAAGUGGCUUUUGGCCA